AUGUAUCGUCAGGUGCUUAUACAUCCAAAGGACCGUUCAUUGCAGUGUAUUUUAUGGAGAGACGCGAAGGACGAAUUACCAAAGGAGUACAAUCUCAAAACAGUAACAUAUGGUACUUCAGCAGCGCCGUUCUUAGCUAUCAGGACGUUACAUCAAGUUGCGAAUGACUACGAUGCUCCUUUGGCAGCAAAGGCGAUUAAGCAGCAUUUUUACGUCGACGAUUUUAUGGCAUGUGCCAUUAAUGCGCGCUUAGCAAUAGAACUCAAAAAUGAGCUUUGCACCAUCUUGUCGAAAGGUGGGUUUCAUUUACGAAAAUGGGCAUCAAAUUCUGGAACGUUCAUGCAGUCAAUUGAGACACGAGACCGGGAAUUAAAUUCAGAAACUAUAAUCGACACAUCUCAGGCAAUUAAAACACUUGGACUCCUUUGGGAUACAUCACGAGACUGCUUUAAGUACAGCGUAAAUCUACCAAUAAUCGAGCAAACUGUGACAAAACGCGCGGUAUUGUCAGACAUCGCAAAAAUCUUCGAUCCCAUUGGAUGGUUGUCACCAGUCGUAAACGCAAUGAAAAUAUUUAUGCAGAAACUUUGGCUGCGAGGUCUUGGCUGGGAUGAUGAGUUACCCAACGAUCUCUAUAAUAAAUGGACAGAGUAUCGGCAAAACAUCAACGACAUUCAAAAGCUACGAAUUCCGAGAUGGUUGGAAUUCGCGGACGAAACGAGCGUUGAGUUGCAUGGGUUUGCUGAUUCAUCAGAGCAGGCUUAUUCAGCAGCAAUCUACAUGCGUAUCCCAUAUGCGAAAGAUGCAUUUCGAACAAACUUGAUUGCUGCUAAGACGAAAGUUGCGCCGGUUAAGCAAGUUAGUUUACCUCGUCUGGAAUUGUGCGCCGCACAUCUUAUGACAAAACUAAUGACAAAAGUUCGCAGCGCCCUGAACUUGUUAGACGCCGCAGUUGUCCGAUGGACUGAUUCAACAGUCGUUCUGGCCUGGUUAUCAGACCAUCCACGUCGCUGGAAAACUUUUGUUGCCAACAGGACGGCACAAAUACUUGAGGUCAUACCAGCAGAACAAUGGCGACAUAUAUCGUCACAGAAAAAUCCUGCAGAUCUGGCCACGAGGGGAAUUCGGCCUAACGAGCUCAUCAAUAACCAGCUAUGGUGGCAUGGCCCAAAUGAGUUACGACAACUGGUCACAACAUGUGAUCAUACACCAUCCGUUCCUGAGGAUACUGAUUUAGAAGAACGAAAAGAAACGAUGUCCCAUGAAGCCACCGUUGAAGAAAUUGACAUAUUCGACCGAUAUUCCAGCUACACUAACCUUCUACGAGUGACAGCGCUUUUGUUACGAUUUACAGAUAAUUGUAAGGCUAUGAAAUCAAAGCUUGAAAUGUCAAAAUCGUUUUUAACAACAAAUGAACUACUGCGGGCGCAUAACGCUUUGGUUAGGAAAGCUCAAACAGCAUCAUAUGCGCCGGAAAUACGAAGCUUACGUCAGGAAGAGAAUUCUAAAAAACUAAGCAAAUCGAAUUAA